GGUUGAGAGGAGACAGUGAACACACCACGAUGUUUGUGAGGUGCGUCUGCUGGCUGCUGCUGACCGGCCUGGCUCAGGCUGCAGUGUUUGUGGAGAGGCAGCAGGCGAGUGCCGUGUUGCAGCGAUGGCGGCGAGCCAACAGCGGCUUCCUGGAGGAGCUGAAACAAGGGAACCUGGAGCGGGAGUGCAUCGAGGAGAUCUGCGACUACGAGGAGGCGCGGGAAGUCUUCGAGGACAAGGACAGGACGAUCCAGUUCUGGCUGUCGUAUGACCGUCGCGACCCCUGCCUGGAGAACCCGUGUCGUAACAACGGGACGUGCGUCUUCAUGGACACUUCGUACAAAUGUUACUGCAGCGAGGGCUUCGAGGGACAGUACUGCCAGACAGUGAUAGAAGACGCGCUGAAGUGUCUCUAUCAGAACGGAAACUGCGAACACUUCUGCGACGGAUCGGAGGAACAACGAAAAUGUUUGUGCGCCGACGGAUACAAACUGGGGGAGGACGGCCGGGAGUGCGUGGCUCAGGUGGAGUUCCCGUGUGGUCAGCUUCCUCCGAAGGACCCGGUCCCGGAUCAGGGUUUGGUGGGUCAGACGCGGCUGGUGGGGGGGAACCAGUGCCCCCCCGGAGAGUGUCCCUGGCAGGUUCUGGUCCAGUUAAACGGAGAGAGUCACUGUGGGGGGGUUCUGGUUAACAGCCAAUGGGUCGUCACCGCGGCACACUGUAUCCAUGGCAACAACAACGACCAAAAUUUCACCGUGGUGGCAGGGGAACACAACCUGGAGGUGUUGGAGGGCACGGAGCAGCACAUACCUGUAUCCAUGGCGAUCCCCUAUCCCGGUUACGUACCGGCAUCAGGUGACGGUGACGUCGCUCUGCUGCGUCUUCACCUCCCGGUAACGCCAAAUCGCCGGGUUGUCCCCAUCUGUCUGCCGACCCGAGACUUCGCUGGGCGGGAGCUGCUGCCGGUGCGCUACCACGUGGUGUCGGGAUGGGGGCGGCGCACCACAGGGGGUAAUGCCCCCGCCGGCCCCCUCACACCAACCUCCCCACUCCUCCGCCGGAUGAACAUUCCCAUCCUGACGAACACAGAAUGUUCCCGGCGAUCUGGCUUCAACUUCACCGACAACAUGCUGUGCGCCGGGUACCUGGAGGGCAGGCAGGACAGCUGCCGCGGCGACGACGGGGGUCCGCUGGUCACGCUGUACGGCCAAACCCACUUCCUGUCCGGCGUGGUCGGGUGGGGGCAGGGCUGCGCUCACCCCGGGUAUUAUGGGGUGUACGCCAAGAUGGCCAACUUCUUGAACUGGGUGGAGGCCACCAUGAAGAACCCCCCCCCCCCCCCGGGAAACCCUAUUGAGACACCCCCAACCGGGAAGCAGCUCGACAUGAUGCAGCAGAAACUGGUUUAAACUAUUAUCGUGGGGUUAGGGGGGUUUCAUUUCAACCUGACAUUUAUAGGGAAAACAUUUAGAAAUGAGCUUUAAGGGAAUAAAUGAAAGUUAAAGAAUAAUUUCGACUUGUUCUUCCACUUCUGUUCCUCCACUUGUUCCUCCACUUGUUCCUCGACUUCUGUUCCUUACUCGACUUCUGUUCCUCCACUUGUUCCUCGACUUCUGUUCCUUACUCGACUUCUGUUCCUCCACUUGUUCCUCGACUUCUGUUCCUUACUCGACUUCUGUUCCUCGACUUCUGUUCCUCCACUUGUUCCUCGACUUCUGUUCCUUACUCGACUUCUGUUCCUCCACUUGUUCCUCGACUUCUGUUCCUUACUCGACUUCUGUUCCUCCACUUGUUCCUCGACUUCUGUUCCUUACUCGACUUCUGUUCCUCGACUUCUGUUCCUCGACUUCUGUUCCUCGACUUCUGUUCCUUACUCGACUUCUGUUCCUCGACUUCUGUUCCUUACUCGACUUCUGUUCCUCGACUUCUGUUCCUCGACUUGUUUCUCGACUUGUUCUUCAACUUCUGUUCCUCGACUUGUUCUUCAACUUCUGUUCCUCGACUUGUUCCUCGACUUCUGUUCCUUACUCGACUUCUGUUCCUCGACUUCUGUUCCUUACUCGACUUCUGUUCCUCGACUUCUGUUCCUCCACUUGUUCCUCGACUUCUGUUCCUUACUCGACUUCUGUUCCUCGACUUCUGUUCCUCGACUUGUUCUCGACUUGUUCUUCAACUUCUGUUCCUCGACUUGUUCUUCAACUUCUGUUCCUCGACUUGUUCUUCAACUUCUGUUCCUCGACUUGUUCCUCGACUUGUUCUUCAAUUUCUGUUCCUCGACUUGUUCCUCGAGUUGUUCCUCGACUUGUUCUUCAACUUCUGUUCCUCGACUUGUUCCUCGACUUGUUCUUCAAUUUCUGUUCCUCGACUUGUUCCUCGAGUUGUUCCUCGACUUGUUCCUCGACUUGUUCCUCGACUUGUUCUUCAAUUUCUGUUCCUCGACUUGUUCCUCGAGUUGUUCCUCGAGUUGUUCUUCAACUUCUGUUACUCGACUUGUUCUUCAACUUCUGUUCCUCGACUUGUUCCUCGACUUGUUCUUCAAUUUCUGUUCCUCGACUUGUUCCUCGAGUUGUUCCUCGACUUGUUCUUCAACUUCUGUUCCUCGACUUGUUCUUCAACUUCUGUUCCUCGACUUGUUACUUGACUUGUUCCUCGACUUGUUCUUCAACUUCUGUUCCUCGACUUGUUCUUCAACUUCUGUUCCUCGACUUGUUCUUCAACUUCUGUUCCUCGACUUGUUCUUCAACUUCUGUUCCUCGACUUGUUCUUCAACUUCUGUUCCUCGACUUGUUCUUCAACUUCUGUUCCUCGACUUGUUCCUCGAUUUCUGUUCCUCGACUUGUUACUUGACUUGUUCUUCAACUUCUGUUCCUCGACUUGUUCCUCGACUUCUGUUCCUCGACUUGUUACUUGACUUGUUCUUCAACUUCUGUUCCUCGACUUGUUACUUGACUUGUUCCUCGACUUGUUCUUCAACUUCUGUUCCUCGACUUGUUCUUCAACUUCUGUUCCUCGACUUGUUCUUCAACUUCUGUUCCUCGACUUGUUCCUCGACUUGUUCCUCGACUUGUUCCUCGACUUCUGUUCCUCGACUUGUUACUUGACUUGUUCCUCGACUUGUUCUUCAACUUCUGUUCCUCGACUUGUUCCUCGACUUGUUCCUCGACUUGUUCCUGAUAUAUAUUGGACGUUAUACACACUUCUGUAUUAUGUGUUGAUCUUAAGAUGCUGAAUAAAAGUUCCACCGACAGUGA